AUGGCACUUCUAUAUAAUGAGGGAUGUCCAAAUUCAGAAGAAGACAUUACCAAAUGCAAUGUCCUUGUAUGUAUAAUACGUGGGGAUAAGUUCAGAACUCAACAUUGCGAUCCUGCAUUUGAAUCACUUAUCUUAUAUUAUCCUUCUAAUGAUAUUUCAAAUAAUCUUGCAAAAAAUAUAUUUACAUUUGAGCAUUCUAUAACAUCUAAUAGUCCUCAAUCUAAAGUAACUCUUCUUUCAAAUAAUGAUGGUGAAAUUGUGUUUCUAUAUCAAAUGUAUCCAUAUGAACAUAACUAUUCAUCUGAAACAUAUUUAUGCCGUUUUCGAGAUAUAGACCAAAA